UGCCCUUGCCACGGUAUAUAAAACUUAUGUUGUCGAUUGCCACAUCCAGUCGAUCGCUGAAAUUCUCACCAUCGUUCCGUUUCGGGCAUUCGGACAUUCAUUUGCAAAAACGUCACCGAACCGUACGGACACGGCCAAGCGGCGGAUCCGUCACCAAAAACCAUCCUGCACCGCAACCUGGGUGAAGUGAAGUUUGCCGAGUGGAGAGCUUGCGUGCCUGUGUCCCUGUGUGUUUGUGUGUGUGUGUGUGUGUGUGUAGUUGUGCGUGUACAUUUGUUUUGCUUAUUUUGGUUGGUUGCUUUCGUUGGCUGGCGUGUUUCGGGUGUUUGGAGUUCACUUUAUCGGUGUCAGUCGUUUUGUUUGCGAGGUGCCGAACGGUGUGACUCGAUGCAGACGCUACCCCUGUCCGUAACGCAGUAACGCUGUCCCAGCAGCAUUCCCUCUCUAAUCCUAGGCCCGUGCCGUAGGGUUAAUCGUUGAUCACCGUUCGCACUACUGGUGAUUAUUGCGCGAUCCGUGUUCGAGUGCGGUUACCAAGUUUUCCACGCAGUUGCAUUCGUGUCAUCCAGGCUACCACAAGUGCUGUUCUCUGAGUGUGUGUGGCAAGAACGCGAGGAAAAACCGGCCCGAGAUCGUACACCGAACCGAUAGCUUUGACUCUUCUCGACAGAACAAACACAUCAUGAACAAACUCAACACUUCGUGGCUGCUGGUGGCCCUGGUAGCACUCGGUGCAACCGCUGAGGCAGUCGAUCUCCCCGAGUAUCUGCACGUUUGCCAUCGCGAGGACCCCAAGCUGACCGAAUGCAUGAAGGAAUCGAUCGAAACGCUUCGACCGUACCUGGCCCGAGGCAUCCCCGAGCUAGACAUUCCCUCGAUCGAUCCGAUCCAUCUGGGCGACCUGAUCGUGGCGGAAAGUGUGCCCGGCCAGGGCGUCAGUAUCUCGGCGAAGGACAUCAAGGCGUACGGUCCGUCGAACUUUAAGCUAAAAAAGCUCAAUGUGAUUGAGUACGGAAAGAUCUACUCGUUCGAGUUGGAGCUGCCGCAUCUCUACGUCGAGGGACGGUACGUUGUGGAUGGAAGGAUUCUGCUGCUGCCCGUGAAAGGGUCGGGCAAGUUUACUGGAAACUUUACUCAAGGUAUCGGCAGUGUGCGCAUCAAGGGUGAUCGGAAGCGCAUCAACGGUAAGGAUCAUCUGUCCCUCAACAAGCUUGACAUCAAAAUUCGCGUCUCCGAUGGUCGGUUGAAGCUGGAAAACCUGUUCGGUGGUGAUCGUGUACUAGGAGAAAUCAUUAACGAAACCAUCAACCAGAACUUUAACCUGCUCAGCACCGAGCUCAUUCCGCUGAUCGAGAAAGCGCUGCAGCGGAUAUUCAAGCGGACGGGCAACAAAAUUCUCGAACGCUUCCCCGAGGAGGUGUUGUUUCCCCUCGGGUUGUGCAAGCUGUACCCUCAACGUGUUGCAAAAGGGUCGCCCGCAAUGGAUCGUUCUGGAAGUGCAUCGGGUCAUUCUGACGGAGGCCAUUCGAGGGUGACACGGUUACGUCCGAACAUGGGCAUCGGUUUGGCGACGGUCGCCGUGUUCGGUUUGCUGUCGGCGAUCGUUUUCCACGUGGCUGAAGCGAAAGAGAUCGUCAUUAGGAAUAAGGACGUGCCGCAGUAUCAAGAGAAGCCUGAGUGGCUGCGAGUGUGUAAGCGAGCAAACCCGAACGAAGAUGACUGCUUUAAGAAAAUGUUCGAAGGAACCUUCCCGUACAUUGCUAAGGGUAUCCCGGAAAUCGGUGUUCAACCGUUCGAUCCACUGCGGAUAGAGUCUAUCCAGGUGUCGCGUGGUUCCGGUGGCCUUACGCUCAGCGGUGGGUUCAAGAAGCUAAGCAUCAAGGGACCAUCGAACACGACCGUUCGUCGGGCGUUUCUCGACUUUGACAAGCAAGCGCUCAGCUUCGAGCUCGAGAUUCCGAAGCUGCGCAUCGAUGCCAGCUACAACCUGAAGGGAAACGUCCUUCUGCUGCCACUGGUCGGCGACGGGGACGUAACGAUGUCGCUGAAGAACGUCAAGACAACGGUCGUGACCAAGUUUGCCGUGCGCCCACUGCCGGAGGAUGCAAUCUUUAUCGAGGAAAUGAAAGUGACCUUCCUUGUCGGCGGCAUGCGCAUACAUCUGGACAACCUGUUCCAAGGGAAUCAAGUGCUGGGGGCGUCGCUGAACCUGUUCCUCAACCAGAACGCGAACGAAGUCAUCGCUGAGCUGCGGUCCGAUCUUGAGCACGGGCUGGCCGACAUCUUUACCGGGCUCUGGAACGAGCUGUUCAACAAGCUGCCAUUGAAGCUGUGGAUCGCUUAAGUGCAAGGACGUCGGUUGGCUAGGGUCCUGUGUAAAUAGUAGCGAAUAGUUUACCCGGCAAGCGUUCGGCCCGUUUUCUUAAGUCUAGACGUAACGCGAGGUGUUUACACGUGAACGUUCAAAUAAUAGUGAUGUUAGUAUAGGAACUGCUCACAAUGCAGUAACCGUGUAGCUAUGUAAGUUUUGUAAAUAAGACAAAGUAAAAUAAAUUAAU